AUAUUACGUGUCAUAGCUCAGUGGGCUACAUACUGAACUCAGGCUGAGGGGCCUCGACCCCCGGGAGUCGUCCGCUGCAGUUAUUGAAUGAUGUGACGUCAUCUCCGCUUUAUUUUGGAAAGGUUUGGAAAGAGUGGUGCUCUCUGCGGCUUGACUGCGCAGGUCCGCAGCUGGCGGCAGAGACAGACGCAGAGUUCGUCGUUCCCGGCUGGAGCACCGCCGGAGCCGCCUGCUUUGUUCGCCACAGGCUGAGCGCGCGGAGCCGGUGCUCCGGUGUUUCCAGUGCUUAGAGGAAACCUCCGUAGUUGCGAGCGCAGAGCGUUAAUCUGCCGGGAGACCCGGCGGAGGGACCGGUGUGAUUUGUGGGACGGUACACGGUGUAAAAUGGCUCCCGGGCACCGCGAGCACCGACUCAGCUGAUCAGCAGCUCCAUGUGACGUCACUGCUUCUUCCAGCAGCGCUUCAACCGAGCUCUUCCUCCUCCUCCUCCUCUGCUGCGAGGUGGCAUGUCGGCGGCUCAGACCCAGAAGGAGAGCAGCGAGGCGGGCUGGGGCUGCCUGGAGGCUCUGGGUCUCAGUCAGAAGGAGAUCGUCCUGGCUGAGGCCCUGCAGAUGGAGUACGAUGCCCUGUCCAAACUCAGACAGGACAAGAGCGGAACGGGACCCAGCCAGACCGGCUCCAAGACCCCCAAUCCCUCCAUCGAGCGCCACCAGUCCACACCUUCCCCGCCGGGAGGAAACCUGCUGAUGGGCCUUUCCGGGUCCGAAUCCUCCCUGAACCAAGCGGGAGGGUCCCAGUCUCCACAGUCCACCCCAGCCAGGGCCCUCCCCCCUCAGGGCGGCUAUGUCAAGGAGUCCCCAUACAUCCUGGACAGUUCUGAAGUCUGCAAGUUCAGGGACGCUUCUGUGCCCAGCCUUGGGGACUCUCCCGGAUCCAGUUCAGGGUUUCUGCCAAAGGGUUUUCCCGCUCUUCCAGAUGACACCCCCCCCGCCAUCCCACCAAGAAACCCCAUCCCGCCACUGGCAGUGUCCGAGAACCCCUUCCUGCCCCCCCGACCCUCCACCGUGCCGCGGGACGUGAACCUGUUCAUGCCCAACGUGGAUCGGCCCAAAGUGACCUCCGGAGACCUGAACUAUGACACCAUCAACGACUCGCUGUCCCGACUAAAUGACAGCUGGCAAGGUCGGAGGGCCAACGGCGACCAAUCAGGCAAGCCCGUGGCCCGCAGCAAGACGCUGCCCCCUCAGGUGCCUCCCAGGACGUACGUAGCUGUUCCCAAGAGCAACAAGAACCAGCGUCCGGUCUCUGCAGACCCGGUGUCGCUGGGCGCUAGGAUGAACGGUUUCGGGUACGAGCUCUUCCAGGUGUCGGAGGAGCGUGACGAGGAGGUGGCAGCGUUCUGCCACACGCUGGAUGUGCUGCGCUCGGCGUACCCGUGCUGUGACCGCUCAAAGAACGCCGGCUUUGUGUGGUCGCCCUCCGUCGGCCACGAAGAGCUCCAUCAGGGCCUGGGGGUCAGUGUGAAGGUGACGGUCAUCAGUGAGCACUUCAGAGAGCCGCUCACCUUUACCUGUGACAGUAAGACGUCUGGUUUUUCCGUGAGGAUAGAAAUGUCUGACAGGAAGCAGUAUUGUGCCCUGUGUGUGUCUGACUGUGUGUGUCUUUCUGUGCGUCUCAGCACGCAGACUCUGGGUGGGCUCGAGUUCGUUCAGCAGUGUCUGAAGUUCGACUGGGAUGUCCGGCUGUGCCUCGUCAAGAGAUCGUCCAUCAGCAUCGAGCUGGCCCGCACGAAAGAUGACGAUGAGACGGCGUCCACCAUGAACCACAGCAUCCUGCUGCAGGAGCGUCCAAUCAAACAGACAGUCACCAGGGAGGCUCUGACCCUGCUGCUCGACACAUUUCACAACGAGGCCGAGUCCUUCCUGCUGUCAGAGGUGGAGCUGCCUCUGCAUGUGGAGCGCCUCGUCCAAUCCGUGAAGGCGCUCUGCAGCUCGUUGGCUGCCGUGGAGACGCCCGACGUGACCUCGGCCCUUAACCAGCUCCCAGCGUGCCCUUGUCGCCUGCAGCCCAAAGUCCUGAAGGAUGCAUCAGUGCUGGCUGUCAGGGAGAACAGAGAGAAAGUGGUGGAGAAGCUGACGGCGGCCAUCUUGGAUCUAGUGGAGCUGUACUGCAGCACAUUUAAUGCCAACUUCCACACGACGCCGCAGAGCCACUGCUGCACGGCGCCCAUCCAAGAGGCUGGCCUCAUCACCAACGUCCUCUCCUUCAACAUCUACGCCGCCCACCGCAUCCCCAUCACGUGGGCUGCCAGUUAUGAAUGCUUCUUCCUGUCCUGCUCUCUGACUCACGGAGGGGCGGAGCUUUGUGCGCCGCAGCACACCAGCAAGCAGUCGGUCAGCAAAUACCUGUUCCACCUGGUGGUCUGGGACCAGAGGGUGUGUUUCCCCGUGCAGAUCAAUCAGCUGCCCCGAGAGUCUCAGCUAACGGUGGUGCUGUACGCCAGCCCUCUGCCGCCCCCCGGAGGAGCUGAGGAGAAGGGGAAGCAGCGGCGCAGCAUCGAGGCGCUGGGCUGGGUCACCAUGCCGCUCUUCAACUUCAGACACGUGCUGACGUGUGGCAGGAAGUUGUUGGGUCUGUGGCCUUCAACCCCGGGGAGGAGCGGAAACGCCCGAACAAGUUCGCCCAACUUCAGCCAGCCAGACAGCGUCAUCCUACAGGUGGACUUCCCCACAUCAUCCUUCGAGGUGCGCUUCAGCACGCCGCCUCCUGCAGACUUCUGCCCUCAAUACAACUUCUCCAGACUGGACACCAUCAGCCAGAUACAGCUGCAGGACGUCCUGCACAAGAAGGCCUUCUUCUGGUUGACGGUGGAGGACAAGCGUCUGCUGUGGGAGAAGAAGGCCUUCUGUCAGGCUGAGAGCGCCGCGCUGCCUCUGGUUCUGGCCAGCGCCCCCUGCUGGGAGUGGGCGUGUCUGCCAGAAAUCUACGCCCUGCUGAGACAGUGGGCCUGCCUGGGUCACCUGGACGCCCUGGGCCUCCUCCAUGCCUCGUUCCCAGAUCAGGAGCUGAGGAGGACGGCGGUCCAGUGGAUGGAUUCCAUCUCCGACCCGGAGCUACUGGAUUUCCUGCCUCAGCUGGUGCAGGCUCUGAAGUACGAGUGUUACCUGGACAGCUCUCUGGUUCGUUUCCUCCUGCGGCGAGCCAUCGGGGACAUUCGCGUCGCUCACUACCUGUUCUGGCUGCUGAAGGAUAACCUCCAGGACAGUCAGUUCAGUGCUCGCUAUCAGCACCUCCUCGCUGCGCUGCUGUGCUGCGUUGGUCGGGGCCUCCGGGAGGAGUUUGACCGGCAGUGCUGGCUCAUCUCCAUCCUCGCCAGGGUGGCUCACAAAGUUCGAGAGGCGACGCCGUCCAGCAGACAGUGUGUCCUCAGAGACAGUCUGGAGGAGAUGAAGCAGUUCUUCUCGGUGAACAGCAGCUGCAGGCUUCCUCUGAACCCAGCACUGCUCGUCACCAGCAUCAACAUCCAGUCCUGCUCGUUCUUCAACUCCAACGCUGUCCCUCUGAAGUUGUCCUUCCAGAACCGGGACCCACUGGGAGACAACAUCAGUGUCAUCUUCAAGUCAGGAGACGACCUGAGGCAGGACAUGCUGACUCUGCAGAUGAUCCGCAUCAUGAACAAGAUCUGGAUCCAGGAGGGGUUGGACAUGAGGAUGGUCCUCUUUAAGUGCUUCUCCACGGGGAGGGGCCGAGGUAUGGUGGAGAUGAUUCCUCACGCUGAUACUCUGAGGAAGAUCCAGGUGGAACACGGUGUCACGGGAUCGUUCAAAGACCGCACUCUGGCCGACUGGCUGCAGAAACACAACCCCACUGACGAGCAGUACGAUAAGGCCGUGGAGAACUUCAUCUACUCAUGCGCCGGUUGCUGCGUGGCCACCUAUAUCCUGGGAAUCUGCGACCGCCACAACGACAACAUCAUGCUGAAGACGAGCGGGCACAUGUUCCACAUCGACUUCGGGAAGUUCCUGGGACACGCCCAGAUGUUCGGGAACAUCAAACGGGACCGCGCCCCCUUCGUCUUCACCUCUGACAUGGCUUAUGUCAUCAAUGGCGGCGACAAGCCGUCCAGCCGCUUCCACGACUUUGUGGAUCUGUGCUGCGAAGCAUACAACCUGAUCCGGAAACACACUCACCUGUUCCUCAACCUGCUGGGCCUGAUGUUGUCCUGUGGGAUCCCGGAGCUCUCCGACCUCGAUGACCUGAAGUAUGUCUAUGAUGCACUGAGACCUCACGAGUCUGAGGCUGACGCCACCAUGUACUUCACCAGGUUGAUCGAGUCCAGUCUGGGCAGCGUUGCCACCAAACUGAACUUCUUCAUCCACAAUCUGGCCCAGAUGAAGUUCACCUCGUCGGAGGAGCGCCCCACGCUGUCGUUCGCCCCCAGGUUCCACUCGGCAAAGAGCGACGGCAUCAUCAAGAACCUGUACAUCUGCAGACACAUCCGGACCGGCGGAAAGGGAUAUGCUUUUGUGGUGAAGGUGGAGCGUGAAGGUCAGCAGGAGGUGCAGCUGGUUCAGAGGACGUUUGAAGAGUUUCAGGAACUCCACAGCAAACUGAGGCUCAUCUUCCCCUCAUCCAAACUGCCCAGUUUCCCCAGUCGCUUUGUGAUUGGCCGUUCCCGCAGCGAGGCGAUGGCUGACAGGAGGAAGGACGAGCUGAACGGUUACGUGUGGCACUUGAUCCACGCCGCUCCGGAGGUCGCUCAGUGUGACCUGGUGUACACCUUCUUCCACCCGCUGCCCAGAGACGAGCGAUCAGGAACGACGGCGAGCAAACCAGCAGAGAUCUCGUGGUCUCCAGGUUCAGGAAAAGAGCUCGGCGAGGUCAAACUGUCCAUCUCCUACAAGAAUGAAAAACUCUUCAUCAUGGUGAUACACAUCCGAGGCCUGCAGCCCCUGCAGGAUGGGACUGACCCCGACCCCUACGUGAAGCUCUAUCUCCUCCCCGACCCUCAGAAGAUGAGCAAGAGGAAAACGAAGGCGGCGCGACGCACGUGCAACCCGACCUACAAUGAGAUGCUGGUGUACGAGCGGAUCCCACGGGGGGACCUGGACCAGAGGGUGAUCCACCUUCGGGUCCUGGGAGACGGCGCCUUCUGGGAGAACACGCUGCUGGGAGAGACCUUCAUCCCCCUGAAGAGGCUGGUCCCAGGUCAGCACUGGGUGGGCUGGCACAAACUGGGCCCCCCUGGCUCAGACUUCGCCCACUGAUGGACAGGAAACGGGAGGCAGCGGACUUAAAAGAAAGAAGAAGAAGAACUGCAGGCGUUCCUGCUGAGGGGGAACGGUGAAACAAAAAAAGGGAGAUCCUUUCAAAGUAAAAGCCUGCUCUGCGGGUGUCGUGCCACGCUGUUAGUUUAUAAGAGACUGAGUUUUACUUCAGUGAACGAGUUCCACUAACGAGCUCGCCCUGACCUUUGACCUGAGAGCGACUGAAGGAGUGGAUUCCUUUUUUAACAGACCUACAGGAGCUCAGACGUGCUCGAGCUGUUUCUUCUUCUUCUCCUCGGACCGCAGCAGGAAGUUUAACUGUGAAAAAGGAAACGAGGACAGAGGCGCGGUGAAGAAGACGAAGCAGGUUGAAGAGCGUGGGCAGCGCCGCUGAGAAGACUUUAGGUUAUUUUUUAUAGCGGGUUUGAUUUAUUUUUAAAGUGCGACUGACUGCCGGCUGCUUGCGUGCCUAUGUUUCAUUCCUGGUUUCUGAACCAUGUCAUUUCCUGUUUUUAGCUCAAUGACGGCGGGCGUUUUGUGAUCAGCUGAUUUUUGUGUUUGCGCUGUAAAUGAAUGCGAGGUUUUCACAAUGACUGCUUCACACGUUUAAAGACGAGAGAAAUCUGAAGAAUUUCAAAAUUCUGAAACACUGAAAUAAAAUUUUUAUUGUUGGA